UUGUUCUUUGUUGUUCACUUGUUCAUUUUUACUCACUUGUUCUCUACUCACUUUUUGCGCAAUUUUGCUCCUCAAAGGGCAUUUUGCGAUCUAGCAGCUUUGCUCAUAUUUGCGUUUACUUCACACUUUUUAUAUUACGGGCAAAGCUGUUUACAAUUUUGAAAAAUUCACUAUGUCGCUUAUUCGGAAGUAUAGUGAGAUUUGGAACCAUUUCGAGGAAGUUGGACGCCAGGAAGCCAAGUGCAAGUAUUGCAAAUCUAUUUUGAGUUGCAAAUCUCAAAGCAACUUAAGCCGCCAUUUAAAGAGCAAGCACCCGGCGUCUAUGGAGCCCGUUAUCCGGCAAAACACCGAUGGCCCGAUUUUUGUGCAAAGUGCGCAACCAAAAAUAACAAGCUUUGCUGAAAGGCCUGUACCAGCGAGCAAAGCGCAGCAGAUUGAUCUGCAACUUGUACGGAUGAUCGCCAAGGGUCAUCACGCCUUGCGCUUGGUCGAAGAACCAGAAUUUAAAAAAUUUAUUCACGAUGUGUCGCACGCCCCAAACUAUAAGCUUCCGACGAGGAAAACAUUAACCAGCUCCUUGAUUCCCAAAAUUCGUGACGAGUACACUGGGACGAUAAUAGAAGAACUACGUGCGGCCACAGCGGUGUGCUUAUCUACAGACGGUUGGACAUCUAUAACCAACGAAAGUUAUCUGGCUGUCACAGUACAUUUUAUCGAUGAGGAAUCAACGAUGCUGACCUCCUAUACAAUUGCUUGUCAGGCCUUUGAAGCGUCGCACACUGCUGCGAAUCUGUGCAGCUUUUUGGAAAAAAUUGUGACUGAAUGGGAUCUCAAAAACAAAGUCGCAGCAAUAGCAUCCGAUAAUGCACACAACAUUGCUCUUGCUAUUAGAACCGGCAAUUGGAGUCAUAUACGGUGUUUUGCUCAUACCCUAAAUCUAAUUGUCCAAAAAGCUCUAGAUAAAAUGAGCAGUGUGUGCAGAAAAGCUAAAGCUAUAAGCGAAUAUUUUCAUCGCAGCUCAUCAGGCUUAAAAAAGCUUAAAGAUAUGCAAGCGCUGCUUAAGUUGGCUGACCUCAAACUAACACAGGAUGUGCCAACACGUUGGAACUCAACGUACAAAAUGUUUGAACGGCUGUCUAUCCUGAAGGAGGCAGUCGUGGCAGCUCUGUCAACAAGGACAGAUUUAAUUUUGUCACCAGAAGACUGGGAUGUCAUUGAUGGAGUGCUUCCCGUAUUAAAGCCAUUUUAUGAAGUUACAGAAGAGAUCUCAGCUGAAAAAACGUAACAUUGUCAAAAAUAAUUGCUUUGACUGGAUUACUUCAAAGAAAAAUGGCUCAAAUAUAUCCAACAGUUAAAAAUAACCUAGUUGCCGAAGUAAUCAAUGAAAUCAUAAACGAGAUGGACGGCAGGUUUAACGAUUUCGAGGCUAAUAUUUUGUAUGCGGAGAGCACUGUUCUGGAUCCCAGGUUCAAAGGACGCGCAUUUAAAUCUACGGAGG